AUGGCUUUUCUCGAACCACGGGAGGCAUAUCACCAGACACAGACAGACGACUUUGACUUUAAGCCGCUAGACACAAACGUCGAGCUGUCCUCUCUGCGCUCGGGGUCCAGUUUCCAGACCGGCUUCACUCGCAACAUUCGGGAUCAAUCGCCGCUCCUCAAUUCCGAUGCAGAUCCUAUCCGGCCAGAACCAUCAUUCUUCUCCAGAAAGUCACUUCGCUCACUCAAAGUCCCUCUCUUAGUCUGGCCGAAACGUCUGUAUGGAUGGCGCACCGGCGCCUUAGCCGGCGCGCUACUUGCAUCAUUGUCCCUGCUUGUCAACCUCGUCAUCGUGAUCUGGCUGGGUGCCCACGGCAGGGGGGACAGUCUUGUACAACUUUACAAUGGCGAUUGUGGCAAAGUUCAGACCAUGGACGUCUGGGUCCAUCUAGCGAUCAACGUGCUGAGCACCUUGCUGCUGGGCGGCUCAAAUUACUGCAUGCAGUGUCUUUCAGCGCCAACACGGGCAGAUAUUGAUCGAGCACAUGCGAAGGCAAUCUUCCUCGACGUUGGUGUUCCCAGUGUCCGCAACUUGUGGAGGAUCCCACGCUACAAAAUGCUCCUCUGGUGGGCGCUCGGUCUCUCCUCGAUACCCCUCCAUCUAAUGUACAACUCCGCUUUCUAUAAAUCCCUCUCGACAAACGACUACAACUUGCUCUUUGUCACGCCGGACUUCGUAGAGGGUGGGGCACUCGGACCACUGAAGGAAACACUCUACAACCAGAACAACGCCUAUGCCAUCGAUCCGCACGAAGUUCAAAGCUCACUCCUCGACGAUCCGGAUUCCUGGGAGAGGCUUGACAAGAAAGCCUGCAUAAAUGCGUACGCGACCAAUUUCUUGGACAACCGGCGCACCUUGGUGCUCGUCGCCAGUAAUUCCACCGGACAAAAAAAUGAAAGUGUCCUAGAUACGCGGUUAUACCUGUUCUCGCCUGGUCUGGGGUUUGAUUGGAUCUGCACCUCCGACCCCUAUAUGGCCUAUAAAAUUGGCCCGCUUGCUGAUUCGAUUGACCGAAUGCUGCCCUGCGAAACGUACGUCGACGGAGUCAAGGCCAUCGCCGAUCAGUGGCAGCCGUACAGCUACGACGUGCAAUACUGUUUGUCCCAGCGAGUCCCUGAGAGGUGCAGCUACAGUGGAAACGUCCCCAUCGUGGCAAUUGUGGUUGUCUGCAACGUCAUCAAGGUCGUGGUAAUGCUUUUCGUGGCGCUUCGGCUGGAAGACCAUCCCCUCAUCACCGUGGGUGACGCAGUCGAGAGCUUCCUCAACGAGAAUGACAGGACGACCGAGGGCUUAUGCUUGCUCAGCAAGAAGGAUGUCACGCGUUCCACGCGCUCACGAAAGUCCUGGUCCGUCCACGGGCAAGAAAAGUACGGCGACGCUGCAAGAGGGAAACUUGCCCGGCGACAGACAAAACGUUGGGCCGCGGCGGCCAGCGGGAUGCGAUGGAGCCUCACCAUAGGGUUCUUUCUCCUGUCUUUGGGCGGAUGCUCCUUCCUCCUGCCUUUUGCAAUGCGAGCAAUUGAAUCGUACGGGUACGACAUCCGAACGAUCGGCUUUGGCAAGGUCACUCCCGCAGCUGUCAUCUCGGGCUGGAACAUCGGCAAGAAUGGAUCUGCAGCGGACAAGAUCCUAGGCUCGAUCCUUAUCGCCAAUUUGCCGCAGACCAUCCUGAGUUUUUUGUAUCUGAAUCUGAAUGGGCUGUUGACGAGUAUGUGGCUGACCAGCGAAUGGAGUGAUUUUGCAACGCAACGUAAGACUUUGCGAGUGAGCAAGCCAAAGGGAAGUCAACGCAGUACGCAUUUCCUGCAACUGCCCUAUAAGAUUGCCAUUCCGUUGAUGGUCUUCUCCGGGAUAAUGCAUUGGUUGAUCUCGCAGAGUAUCUUCCUCGCUGUCAUUGCGGAGUAUGGCCCAACAGGUCGCCUUGUUAGUGACGUUGUGAUUGCGUCCUGUGGAUUCUCUCCGCUGGCAAUGAUACUGGUCAUGGCCUGUGGAGGCCUUAUCAUUGUCGUCACUUUUGGUUUGGGCUGGUUGAGGAAGUACGAUGCGAGGAUGCCGCUUGUAGGGAGCUGCAGCGCAGCGAUUGCUGCAGCAUGUCAUCAGCCGAACUGGGAUACAGACGCGAGCCUCAAGCCGGUACAGUGGGGAGUAAUCCCUGGUGCUGUGGAUCGAAAGGGGGUCGGCCAUUGCGCAUUUACUAGUGGGAAGGUUGAACCUCUGGUGGAGGGAAAGGAGUACGCUGGCAUCAGCGACGGCCAGCUGUGA